CCUCUCCUCCCUGUUUUCCAAAGAUGCUGCAGGAUGUAUCUUCUUCCUCUUCGUCGUCGCGGCUCAGGUUGAAUGUGUGAACCUGUUUCAGGAUUAUUUGGAGCAGCAGAGGAUUAUCUAAAUGUAAAAGGAUAAGGACCCCAGAUGCCAUGAAGAGUCUUUUUCAACUUAAACAAGAUAUUCAACAUUAUAAGACAAUGUUACAACAUGUAAAAAUCAAACCUCAUCUCCUGCUGUGCCACUAAGACUCAUAUGUGGGAAACCAAACCUUUUUGGAUCUGAUGUAAUGGAUGAUUGCUCAUGAGGGUGUUGUCAACCCACACCUGUACAUAAAAUGUGUGAGCGAGGAGAAUCUAUCAGCAGAGGGGAGUUUAGGAAUAACAACCAGCCCGAAGCUGUGCAGGCUGCUGGCGAUGCGAAUGCAAAUGACAUCCAACCAGGGGAUGACGGGAGGAAAGUUCAUAGUGGAACUCUGUUUGCAACGAAUACUGAGAUAGCAGAACAAGAUAAGGUCAUCAUAUGGCGCACAGACUCGCCGUGUGAUGAUCCUGAGCUGGCAGAAUUUGAGAUGCUGGAGUGUCAGGAACUGGAGGCAUACCUAGUAGAUGAAGGAGAGGACUUUGUGGGACUUGCAGGGCAGAAGAAACCUCAUGAUCAGCUCCCAUCAUGCAACCAAACUACCUUAAGUCCAGUAACGGAUACCAGUAAGAGCAAAGAAGAAGAGAAGCCCAAUGUACUCUGGGGCCGAGCUCAGUUCUGAAACAGAAACUAUGUUUGUGUCUUGCAUGUCCACGAUUUCUAGUCUUGGGGAAAGCUUUCUUACUCCAGUUGACACUGUGGGCACGACGCACACAACAGACUCGUGGCAUAUUGUCUGUGGUCCGUACUCAACCGUCUCAGAAGACCUAACUCUGACAUCUCAAACCUGCAACACCAUCUCUGAGAGCGCCAAAGCUUCUGUCUCUGCUGGAAAAAGCACAAUUCAUCAGAAGGUUGUUGAUGUGAAUUUAAAUUCAACAGUUCAUACUGACUAUGUGAUAUCUGAAGUGAGCAAUGGAGUUGUUCCAUCUAAAGAGCACAGAGAUGGUAUCACUGAAGAGCACAUGGAAAACAGUACCCACAGAGGAAUAACUACUUCAAGAGAUAAAGACUGCGAUAGCAAUAGACACAAGGCACAAGAAUGCAACAUUAAAAUGGAUAAAAGCACACAGGCUGAUGAGGCCCCUGUUGUUAAAUACAGUUCAAAAAACACUGGCACAAAUGGGACUCAAUCAUCAAUUAACUCCAGAGCCAUAAAGAAACAAAGAUCAUUUGAUAACACAUUAAAAAACCAAAACUCCUUUGACAAAAACAAACAGCCAUCAUUUGAAGGCACUUUUAAGAAACAGUUAUCUUUUGAUAGUACUUUAAAAAAGCAGGGCUCUUUUGAGAACUCUGCUAGCUCCAACUGUUCAACCCUGGAGAGGAGGAAACCAUGGGGAAGUCCAAAUCGGUCAGCAUCUCCCAUUUCUACCAAAACAACCACCUGUUCUCCAAGGAAAAGACCCCCUGGUUCUCCAGCCAAGAUCCAGGGCAUCAGGGCGCUGAGCAUGGAGCGCUGUGGGUCUCCACAGGUGGCUGUAAGUCAACAGGUCAAAGCACAUAGUAAAACAGGUUUGAGCAGUGGGAUUCCCAAACCUGUCAUGCCUCAACAACCUGAGAACAAAAGGAUGUCUCCUCCCCAAAAGCCCAAAAAUGUCCGCCCAAAAAUUAUUACUUGUGUUCGGAAAAAUCCACCUUCUAAGCACCUAGUGUCAGAUGCCCCGCAUGAUGGCUCUACUCCACUUAGGUUGAACGCUUGUCCUCACCCUGCAGUUUAUAAAGAUUCAAAGGUUGGGCCUCAGGCCAAAUCUACACCUGUGCUUUCUUCAUCCAACGUGCUAUUUGACAAAUACCGGCAAGAGAUGCAGAAGGCAGGCUUUUAUCCUCCUGGAACGGCCACUACAGUAAUGAAACCUCCAAGCGGCACCUUCCCUCUUAAGCCAGUCAAAAAGUCGGACAGCUUUCAUGAAGAAAUGGCUGACAAAUAUGUCCAUGAACAGCAAGCAUCCCAAGAAGGAGGCAGUGUUUACCAUUCACCCAGAGGAUUGAGGCCUCAGCUGGGGUUAGGGGCUGUAACCAGGCAGCCUGCAGCCAAAAUGAGAGUACAACAGGCAGGUCAAAGGUCAGCGACAGCCCUAAGCCAGUCUGCACAGGCAGGCGGAGCACCAGCCCAAGGAUAUCAGGAUAUAACAGGAGAGCAAAGGAGGUCAGGUCCAGAAUCCUCCUCCAAGAGCCUUCUGCUCAAACCAGGCCAGUCUGGCCUACGUCCUCCAGGUUUCUCUGCUGCGCCACCUGCCCGCCUUGCGUCAUUUGGCUUAGUCCAGAACACGGGUGAUCCCUGCCGACCAUCUCAGCGUGACUCAGUGUUGAGGAGCCCAGAGAGGCCAAAGGGGCAUCCACGCUACCUGGCUGUGGCUGUUUGUGGGGAUGGACCCGGUAUGCCUGGGUGGUUGUCAUCGAGGACCCAAGGGUGCUGUCACACACUGACAUUGUUCAUUUCUUCCACAGCUGUAGGAAGAGAGAUGCGGAAAGACACAGAAGCCACAUUACUACCAAAGGGCUCCCCGAAAAGGUUUGCAGUGGUUUCACCAAAGCCUCAAUCCUCAGGUACUGGUCGGACUGCUGCAGACCGGGGUUCUGUUAGGGCUGAAAGAGCCCUGGAAGUAGACCAAGCUCUCAUCCAGCAGCUGCGAGACCGCUGUGAGAAGCAGGCCCUGCAGCUACAGAGCUUACAGGCCCAGUUAAAGAAGGCCUCAUUGUGCAUGGACGUGUUCACCAUCACCACCCAGCACUUCUGCCACACGAAACGCCAUCAUAAGGAGAGGGAACUGUCCCUGGAGCUCGCCAGAAUCAGGGAUGAAGUGGCUUUCAGUGUUGCACACUGGGAACAACUGCAGCAGGAGAAGGAGGAACUGGAGCAUCGGUUUGAGACUGAGCUGCACGAAUUGCGGGCUCAGCAGAAAAGCGAGCUGGGAGCGCUGGAGGAGCGGCUGAGGGCGCAGCAUAUGGAGGAGGCCCGGCGCCUACAGGACCAACAACAAGCCGAGCUGGAGGAGCUACAGGUCCAGCAGCAAGAGCAGAUUGAGGAGAUGAAUGAGAACCAUGAGGUGUCUUUGAUGGAGAUGGAGACGGCUCACAAUGACACACUGGCCACUCUGCAGGAGGAGCACACCAGGACCGUGAAAAAUUUAAAGAUGGCGCACGAGCAGCAGAGAAAGUCCCUAGAGGAAGAGUUUGAGAAGAUCAGACUGUCACUGCAGGAUCAGGUGGACACUCUGACAUUUCAGAAUCGCAGCCUGCGGGACCGAGCCAAGCGCUUUGAGGAAGCUCUGCGUAGGAGCACAGAUGAGCAGAUAGUGGAUGCUUUAGCACCGUAUAAACAUAUCGAGGAGGACCUCAAGAGCCUGAAAGAAGUACUGAAGAUGAAGAAUCAACAAAUUCAUCAGCAGGAGUUGAAGAUUUCAGAGCUAGAGAAAAUAGCUGAAAAGAAUGUGCACCUGGAGGAGAGACUACAGGUGUUACAGCAGCAGAACGAGGACCUCAAGGAACGAAUUGACAAGAACCUUGCUGUGUCCAGGCAACUCUCUGAGGAGAACGCCAACUUGCAGGUGCAUGUGGAGAAAGAGAGCAAUGAGAAGAAGCGCCUGAGUCGCACCAAUGAGGAGUUGCUGUGGCGCCUUCAGACAGGCGAGUUGAGCCCACAUAUGUCACCCAGCUCCUCCCCCAUCCGUCGCCCCUCCUCUGGACAAAGUUCCCCCGCCCGGCCCCACUCCUACCAUCAAUGAACUCCCUCUUAUCUUUGACUUUAUUCACUCCACUGAAUGUUCUCUUCCACUGAAAGUGAUUUUAGACCAUGUAGAUGUUUGUUUCUCAAACUCAGUUGAUGCAUUUCUAAAAUCAACACCCAGGUGGACUCCACAGUGAUCCCACUUGUUGUUUUAGACCUUUUUCUUAUUCAGAGGGGUGUUUUUUUUAUUCUGCUCUACAUGAGCAGAGGUACUGGAAUGCUACAGUGGACAAAACAGGAAACCUUCCUGUUGAAGACUUCAGAGAGGAGAAUUCAAGUCAGUGCCUCAUUUCCAUGUUUCAGCCUCCAUCUGCAGCUCUACUUUCUCAUCCCGUGCUCAGGGCGACCAGUGCGUGAGAGGGCAAACAUCAGCAGUGCAGCCAUAAACACAAAAGCGCCUUUGUGAUCUCAUUCUCUCCCACCAGCAACGUCUGUGGAGGUGCAGGUCAUCAGUCAAAGAACACAACUACCUACAACUUACAGAGUUCCAGUCCCGG